AGAGACACACCUGUGCGAAUUACCUGACAAACCUCUCUGGCAGGAAGGCAAUAAACAUCUGCAAUGUACUGAAUCAACACAGGGGACCUGUCUGCUUCGCUGCAGCAACUACACUUCAGUCCAAGUAACAAGACUCAACUGUGAUUACCAGCUCAAACACAAUAAUUUCACCCUGACUAUUCUGGAUGCCUCGGGGUCUCUGACCAGACAAAGCACGUUUUGGAGGUCCUGGAGAAAUGGCCAUUGUUUCAAGUGAGACAGAAACAGGGAAGGAAGACUAUGUGUCUGAAGACGGUGGUGCAGACACUCCGGGUGAGGUCCCAAAAGGAGGCCCAGUGGCAGGGGAGAGAGAAGAGACGGCAGCCCAAGAGCCAGACGAAAAGGACUCCGACUUCCUCCCAUCUGUCUGCCUGGCCUCCCUCCUCCUGCUCGUUUUCAUUCUGGUCUCCUGUUUACUCCUCCUCACAGACCCUGUGGCCCACCGGCCAGCACUUCCCCGCCCUCGGCCAGCCUUUGUUGAAGGUCAUCUGGACCGGCUGCGGAUCCUCUUCCCUGGCCAGAGGGAGGCACUGUGGAAAGCACUGAGCAGUGUGACCAGAGGGCGACCGCUGAGGGGAAGCCUGGUCUUGGUGGGCUGGGAGGAGUCUAGAAACACUCUGCUGCGCUUCUCCAAGAACUUAAUCUCAGUGCUCUCGGGCUGCAGUGGGCCUGAGGCACAGAGCAAAAUUGUGCGCCACAGAGACCUCUCUUUAGAGCACAGACUCUAUCCUAUGUCCCACUUUGCUAUAGUUUCUGUUGUCAUGGAGACAAGGGAGAAUGUGGUGGGCGGGGUCAUUGUAGAGCUGCAGAGCAGAAAGGGGGGCGGGGCAGUGGGAAUAGAAACCACCACAGCGUUGCUACCGGAGCACCUGGGCAGUAGAGAGGAGGAGGAAGAGUUCAUGGAAAUAGGUGUCGCCAUUGCAGUCGAGUUCCUGGUAAACCUCAAUAGUACCCAGCAGGCCUUGCUAGGGGGAGUAGAUAUGACCAUCCUAGUGGUGGAGCCAGAGGGGCUGUACAACAGUGGCUUUGUUUGUUAGGUCCUUAAUGAAGGUGCAUUCAUCAGGAGCCUGUUUACUCCAGGACAGUUUUCUUAAUUAAGAACACUACCCCCUGGACACCUACAUAGUUAGUCAGGGUUGUUUUUAAAGAACAGGACUUCCUCACGGCUAUCUUUUAAAACAUUGAAGACGGGAUGUCACAUUAGGAAUGCCAAGUAGGAUACAUUGUUGGUGAGUUUGAAAGGUUUGAAUAUACAAAUAGAUUUUAUAAUGGUGUUGUCCUUAUUUUUUUACAAUAAAAUUUGAGAGUAUAUGUUUUGUUUCAGAUGUUCUAAUAUUGUCGACAGAUGGUCCUGUACCUUGCUGUUAUGUGGGGGUGGUUCGAUUAACACAACUUGCAUUGUUAAACAUGGCUUCUCCAAAUACAGUAUCAUUGGAUUAAGACAUCUCAUUCCUUUAAGAGGCAGUCAGUUUAGUUCCACAUGAGGUUUCUGCAUUUGCAAACUAUGCCUAGCCUGAACAUGUACAGUUCGGCAGUCAGUAUGUUGGUGUGGUUCAUCUUGAAGACAUCGGGGGAAGCAUUCUUUUAAGACAUUUUUCAGCAGGCA